AUGGCCGGCAACUUUGAGGACGUUGCGAAGCAGUUCAUCGAGUUCUACUACAACACCUUCGAUACCGAUCGCAAGGCCCUGUCCGGCCUUUACCGCGAGCAGUCUAUGCUCACGUUCGAAUCAGCCUCGGUCCUCGGUGUCAACUCCAUCGUUGAGAAGCUUGCGUCCCUCCCCUUCGAGAAGGUCAAGCACCAGGUCUCCACUCUCGAUGCCCAGCCCGGCAUGUCGGAUGGCGGGAUUGUCAUCCUUGUGACUGGGCAGCUUCUGGUCGAUGAGGAGCAGCGCCCGAUGAACUACACGCAAGCGUUCCAGCUUGCUCGCGACGGCAGUGGCCAGUACUUCGUCUUCAACGACAUCUUCAAGCUAGUCUAUGGUUAG